AUGGACAAGUUGAACGAAAGCAGUAACUCGACUUAUUCCUUCUUUUUUAAAAAUUUGUCCGUCACCGGGUUUUGUGAGGAGAACGCCCUGUUUAUGACUGUGAAGGAGCUGUUUGACAAUUCCAUCGAUGCCCUGACCAGCGUAAAGGGAAAAGGAAAAGAAGUGCAGAUUUUAAUAAGGGAAUACAAGAAAGAGCUAUCUCUGUACGAAAUAGUUUGUCGAGACAAUGGAGAGGGCGCAGAGAUUAAAGAUUUAGAAAAAUUCUCGGAGAUCUUUUUAACAUCCAAAGAUGAGCGCAAAACAGGUGGGAAGUUUGGCAUUGGGUUGAAAACAAUUCUCUUGUACUCUCUGAAAACGGCUUACGGUUUUUUGCACUUGAAGGUCCGAGUAGAAGAAAAAAAAAUAUGGGAUUUUAUGUUACUAAUUGACAAGGAUUUAAGUCACACCUUUGUACAGAAUUUUAAGGAGUAUGUAGACGAAGAAUGGAAAUGGUCCAUAGAAAUAUCCGUCAUCUUAAAAAUGAACAGUACAUGUAGUGUGUAUGAUAGGAGAAUCUCUUUUUAUAUGAUGUUAAUCCUCCUGUGGAAGAAGGACAUAAAUGUCAAGUGCUCUUGUGAUGGCGUGCAAGAAUUUACACACACAUGCGAGGAACAACACCACACUGAUGAUGAACAUGAGUUGUUGGACUCAUUUGUCGCUAACUGCAGAAAUAUGAUAUUCAGGAAAAGGAACCUGACUUCGCACAAUUUUAACACAAACAUGUAUGUAAACGUUCGAAAAUCUGGAAAAGUUGAUGUCAACGGGACGGGCAUCCAUAUGGGGUUUGUCUUUUUAAUUCGUUACGUAAAUUCCAUGCCCCUCUGGGGGAACAAUGCAGCUGACUGUUCCAUAACGAAAAGCUUUAAGAGUUUCCUAAAGUUGUAUGGGCCUCAAUUCGGGAUGGAGCUCUUCAACGUCGAAAACCUCGAGGAGAUAUACCCGGAUGAAUUGAUUAGCCUGGAAUGCUUUAAAGAUUUAAAGGAAAUAAGUCACACGUUUCGGGUUAAGAAGUCGGAGAAAUCCACAUGGGACAUAAUCCUUUUAGGAAUCGACGUCCGAGGGAGUGACAUUUCCUUUUCCAGUUUGAGCAAAACCUGCAUAAAUGAAGGAAAAAGUCUAUCCAGCUUGAUAAGCAAAUGCGCACUUGGCUUAUUCAACAGCGUGAAGGUGGAUUUCCCCGAGGAAUUCGAGAGUGUGUCGGACUAUCAGCUCAGAGAGGCCUUAGACAUAUAUGGUGUCCAGCUGGCUUCCUCGUUGAGCAGAAUAAUUUUAAAAGGACGAAACGAAUUUAAGAAUAAGGUGUUUUUUUUACUGAAUGAGAAAAGAAAAGAGAUUAAUGGUGACACUUCGGAGAACGACAGCGGGGGGAUUGCUACACUUGGCACAUCAAGCGAGAAGGAUCUAAUGGAAGAGCUAUACUAUCAUAUCAGGUAG